CAGCCUGGGCAGUGUUGUCUGGAAUUUCAUAGAUUGAGGUUGUGAAGGCUGCAGUAAUAAAUACGAUACCACGUUAUCAACCACCGGACAGCAUUUUGUGGUGUUUUGAGAUUAAUUAUUUGAUAAUUUGCUUAACUCUAUUCCUUAUGUAAAAACUGUACGUAUUUACAAGUUUAUAAACAACACAAAACAAGUUAGUGCAGUGAAUAAUGUAGUUUAUAGUUAUAAAAAACUGCAUAUGAUUGUAAGGUGUUUUUGUCGAACAUUGUUUAAAAAUAAGUGCAAUAAAAAAGGAUAUACCUACCUAAACCACCUAAUUAAAAGAAGUACAUACUCAUUGUAACCAACAUUAAUGGAGGAAAAUAAAAUAGUAUGUCGAUUAUGUUUAAAACAAGAAUUUCAACAGCUGUCAAUUUUAUUGACUCAAGUUUUGGCUGUCAAAAAUCUAGUUAAUGGUUGCUCAAGAGUUCUACUAAAGCAAAUAAUAAAAGAAUGUUUUCCUUUUAUGGAUAUGCGUAAAAUGAUCAAUGCUACAACUUACAUAUGCCUUCCAUGUUAUAAAUCUCUAAGCCAAUUUAGGGGUUUAAAGUUUAAAUUCAUGCGAGCUGAAUUGGAGUUAAAAGAAAGAGGUUCUUUGAAAUGCAGAGGAUGUGGGAAUCCCAGACCAACGCACAAAUUUUACGAAUUUUCGAGUUUUCACUACUUUUACACAAACCUAGUGCACAAAUUUUUUAAUCAUAGCGUCAAAUUGGUUAAUUUAUGCACAGUAUGUUACAAUUUAAUAAACGAUGCCAUUCCAUUUGGCCGACAAUGUUAUAACACGUCACGAAAAAUCGACAUUUUCAUUAAAACAUUCAAGAUUAAAAAUAAACACUUAAAUAUGCUAUACGAAGUUCAGCAGCAUUUUUCUCAUAAACUGCCUUACUGGGAUGAAAGUAUGGAUUUUGGAAAUACAUUUGGUGCUAACAGUACUAACAUCGGUAACUGUACUAGGGUUAGUAGUAACAGUACUACUACUUCUACUGUACCUUAUUGGAAUUUUAAUGAAAGUACUGUUGGUGAUAAUAGUACUACAAAUUCUUCUGUGCCUAAUUGUCAUUUUAUUGAAAGUACCAAUGUUGGUUAUGGUGCCAAUAGUACUACAAAUUCUUCUGUACCUAAUUGGCAUUUUAAUGACAGUACUAAUAUUGGUAGUACUUUUGGAGAUAAUAGUGCCAACAUUGGCAAUAGUACUGGAGUGAGUAAUAAUAGUACUAUCAGCGGAAAUGGUAGACAGAAUACACAAAUUGAAAUUAUAAAUUUGACAGAAAUCAAUAUAAUAAACAAUAAUAAUAACAACGAUGAUAAUAGUCAAGGUUUAAAUGGUACUGUUGAAAGUACUACAUCAAAUGUUGUGACAAAAGAAAGUACAAACAAAAUUACGGACAAACAAUUGGGAAUGCCAGGAAACCUUUUAUUAAAAAUUUUGAAAAAAAAUUCUGGAACCUACGAAAUUGAAAAACCUAAAGACUUGACUGAUGAACCCCAAGAAAAUAUAGUAAUAGAUUUGACUGAAGAUGAGCCCCAGGAAAAAGCGGAGAAUGUUUCUGAAAAUUCAAAUAAUUACAAUAUUACUUUGAAUGACAUUUCUAAGGAAUACGAGGAAGAUAUCAAUUCCAAAAAAUCCGAAAAAGAUAAGACAAAAUCAAGAAAAAGGCAUUGGACUGGUUACUACUACAACUGUUUGUUUGGUACAAUGCAAUUAUUUGACUUUUCAUUUGACCACAAAGGAAGACCAUUAAAUGCAGACUGGGAUAAAAUUUCCCAAGCGUUUCACGUUCCCUUUGAAGCCCUGGGAAUCAAGUUUGAUGUUAAGAAAGGUUGGAGUAGAUUGACUAGAAUGUCCAUGGAGUAUUUGGCAAGUGGAAGAGUGAAGAAUUCCAUUCAGAAAAGUAUACUGAAGAAAGUUAUUGAUUAUACCAGUUUGGUGUUACCUGAAUCUUCCAAGGGAGUUAACGUUGUAGGAAGUGUGGAGGUACUAUCAAGUGAAGAAGAAGAAAAGACCAUGGAUGUUCCAGACAAUAUAAACAAUAACGAUGAAACUAGUGAGGAUUACUACAAAAUCAUAUCAAUCUCUGAUGACUCAAGUAGUACAGAUAUUGAAACAAACAAAGAAAAUACUAAUCUACAAGAAACAACAAAAAGAAAAUCUUUGGACUUGGACACUAUAAGGGAAGAAAUAAAUAUUGAGGAACUCCUCAAGUUAAGCGGCCAUGUGGGUUUAGAAGAUAUCCUCAAACUUUCUACCCAAGCGAAAAAAGCAAAAAUGAAAGAUGAUGAAACAGUAGAUAAUAAAACUGAUUUUGAUGUGAUAAUAUUGGAUUAAGUCCCAUAUUUAAUUUAAUUUAGAAGUUCUUGUUAUUUUGUUCCUAACUAGGUUACCUAAGUAUUUUUUGAAAGACUUGUUGAUUUAUAUAUUUUUAUAUUACAUUUUUUAUAAACCUU